AUGGUUGAAACAUACCUUCUGCGUCCUGCCGUUCUCUUGGCCGUCUUGUUCACUGGUAGCCAGGCCAAGGAUAUUUACGUCUCGCCAACCGGCAGUGGCUCCGGGACUUCCACCUCGCCGUACGGCUCCAUCCAAUCUGCCGUGAACGCCGCUGUUGCCGGUGACAACAUUCUGCUACGUGCCGGAACGUAUAAGCCGACGACGAAUAUCCAGAUCACGAAGAGCGGAACCCGCACGGCGCCCAUUACUCUCCGGUCAUAUGAGAAAGAGAAGGUCAUCCUUGAUGGCGAGUCUCUGCCAGGGACCCCCUACGGCCUAGAUGAAUCCCUGCCGAACAAGGAAAGGGGCAUCAUGCAUAUUGAGGGUGGUAAUUACUGGAAGUUUUACAACCUUGAACUAAUCAACGGACCCUAUGGUAUCUACUCUCGGGACUCUUCUCAUAAUUACUAUGAACUUCUCUCCACUCAUGAUAAUUACGAAUCUGGCUUUCAAAUGCAGGGCACCGCCUCUAACAACACUAUCAUCUACCUUGACUCCUACCGCAACCGCGAUCCUCGCAAAAAUGGCGAGUCUGCUGAUGGCUUUGCCUUGAAGGAGGGCUCUGGGGAGGGUAAUGUGCUUCGUAAUGCCCGUCUGUGGGACAAUGUCGACGAUGGCCUCGACCUCUACAUGUUCGGAUCGCCCGUGACAAUUGAGGAGGUAUACUCGUGGGGCAACGGCUUCAACCUUUGGGGAUUCAGCGACUUCAAUGGCGACGGCAAUGGAUUCAAACUCGGCAUCACGAACAACCCACCCGCCAACCAUAUUGUGCGCAACUCAAUGGCUUGGGGCAAUGCGAAGAAGGGAUUCAUCGACAAUGGGAACCCAGGGAGCCUGAAGGUUGAGCGUAACACAGCAUGGAAUAACGGUGACAACGGCUUCACCUUCCGUAGCUCCUCGUCAGCAAUGACUGCCAACAUCGCGACCAAAAACGUCAAUGCCCAGGUUAGCUUGACGGGACCUGUGGUGGCAUCGGGCAACUCGUGGCAGAUUGGCGGAGACUGGUCUGAUAGUGCAUUCAAGAGUGUCAACUCGGCGACUCUAAAGGGCGCUCGAGGUGCUGAUGGGCGAGUGCCAGCGAGUGAUUUCUUGAUACCUGUUUCUGGCCAGGCUAUUGGAGCUACCACAAGACAGAAUGUGUGAGCUAGAAGCUUGAGUGUUAAAGGAAUAAAAGAUAAAUCAAGAUCUUGAUACUUGAGAUCCCAACGAAGGACACCUUUCCUCCAUGGUAGGUGUACUGCAACCUAGAUUGUAUUUGGGGAACUCGGGAAUGAGCCUUGGGAUACAGGCGCAUUUGGCCCUCAGAUGGCAGGUUUCCCUGGCCGCUCACUCCGACUCCGCGGUUGGCUCGGGUUCGGUGGUGGCUUCUGCCCCUGUAUGCAGCCACUGAAUUCCAUCACAACUGAAGCUGAGAGCCUUUAGCUCGUCGGCAUCUUUGUGGGUCCGCCCGAGGUCUAUAUAAUAUGUACGUAGGC